GUGUACGGAAGCAGCAUGUUCCAGGUGGUAUGAGUCAAGACGUGUCUGUGAGCUUUUGUAGAUUUUGAAGUUUUGAAAUAAGCCAUGCUUUUCUAAAUACCGUUCGACAGCAUUGACAUUGAUAACUGUGACAGCUCUAUAGCCCGGAACUUGUUUACAUAUAUAUCCGAGUGGGUAUUCAACAGUUAAGAUGGAGAAAGGCUCCACAGGCGCUACAGAAAAGACCCAGUCGGCUUUGCCUUGUAAGGAUAAGAGUGAUGAGGACUCUUGCGGCCCAAAUUCCCACAACUCCAGGGAAGCAACCUGUGGUGCUACUGCAGGUCGAGCGAGAUGGACUCUGCUGAGACAGGUGUUGCGUCAGAAGCAGACAGACAGUCCUGAGGUCAAACACGUGUCUGUUCGUAGGUUUGCCACCUUUGACCUUUUCAGAAGGAAAAAACUCUCCGCACAAGAACACUGUGAUACCUCAGAUGACCAGUGGGUGGAGUACAGAAGUGUCUACUAUCCUGAAUACGGUGCCUUCCUCAGGGAUAACCUGGGACCUCUCAAAGUUAAUGAAGUACUCAAUAGUUUUGACAACACUGGCAAUGUCUGUGUGUGGCCUUCUGAGGAGGUGAUGGCACAUUACUGUCUGCAGAAGCGGCACUCGUUCAAGGGUGCAGUGUGUGAGUUAGGAGGAGGUAUGACUUGCCUUGGUGGGCUCAUGGUUGCCAUUUCUGCUGACGUGAAGGAAGUCCUGCUAUCAGAUGGGAAUGAGAAGUCCAUUCAGAAUGUUCGGAGAGUGGUCGAGAGGAACAGGCAGGCCGGAAAGUUUGGGUCAACGCACGUAUCGUCAAGGGUGGUGAGGUGGGACUGCGAGGUGGACAUUUCAGCGCUGGAAGGUCACUUUGAUACAGUCAUGUGUGCAGACUGUUUGUUUCUCGACCAGUACAGAGCCUGCCUGGUUGAUGCCAUAAGGAGAUUACUGCGACCCAACGGCAUGGCGUUGGUGUUUGCUCCUGGAAGAGGUGAAACUCUAACACUGUUUUGUCGGCUGGCCCAGCAGGCCGGUCUGUGCGUCUGCCAACACCAGCAGUACGACGCUCAGGUCUGGGAUGUUCAUCUAAAGAUGCUGAGAGAAGGAAAGCAGGCAUACGAUGAAAACAUCCACUAUCCUCUCCUCGUCACCCUGACCAAAGGACCUCAACCUGUUAACCAAGCUCAGUAAAAUAGAAUAAGGGAGCUCUUUGCUAUACAUAACACUCUGUUUGCAUUUUUUUUCCUUUUAUUUCACCUCCAGCCAUAUUCCAAACAACUCCUCUCAGUCCAGAAGACGGUCACUCAGCUUUUAUAGCUAGCAGUUAAUCUGCUAGUUGAAAAGUUUAGCCAUCCGUUACGGAUUUAUUGACUUUACAAGGAGUCUGUGAUUCCUAUGCAUUUAUUUGAAUUUCCGCCUGCUUGCAGUGAAUUACGUGACGGUUUUCUGUACAUGUCAGGUACUCAUUAGUGCUCUAGCUGGUCACUGUUAACAAACGUCGCUCACUGUGUUCCCGCGCUCAGCGUGGAGGCCGGCUUCGACUCGGAGUGUGGAGCAAUUUACAGCUUCCUCAAUUUCCACCUUUAAUUUCUCUUAAAACAUCUCAUUCAUCCCAGUCAGGGGUCAGUACAAAGAACUUAAUUUGUGUGUGUGUGUGUGUGUGUUACAGCAGUGCAGUGCAUUAACACAUUACGGCACUUUCAGAUGAAAAGAGCAUCGGUUGCUGCAGGAGACACAGAUUUUAUAUGACUUUUUUUUUUCUUCUUCUCUGCAAUUUUGCUGCAAUUAACACGACUAAUCAAUCUCCAGCAUACACACUAUGAAUCCACUAUCAGUAUUGCUUUAUGGUUUGCUUUACAGUUUGGUAUCAUGAUGAAAGGAACAGCCUGAUCUUAAUUUGUUAACCAUCGUCUGUAAUUCCCCUCUUCAGUUCCAGUUUGAGUUGCUAAAAUGCAGCUGAUUGCUCUGAUUUUACUGAUGUGUGAAUCUUCACACCUGGCUCAUUGUGUCAAGUAUCAUUAUUUUUGAAGGGGGUUGUGAGUAGGAGUUAUUUAUCAGGCUCACGCAGAACUGUUGUACUAGUAUAUAUUGACCCAAAACUGUGGAAUAGAAAAUGAUGUAUUUUUGUGAUUGUGUGUGUGAAAUUUGAUAUUGUUUUUUUUCGAUCUUUUCCAAACGACGGUAUUCCGUGCCGGCGAGCGCAACAAACUCAUUUCGGUUUGGUUUCGGUGACAUUUAUUGGCACUCCUGGUAAAGGCUUGAAAAUAAAGUGAUGUGUUAUUGAAGUAGUGUUAUCUCACACUGAAAAUCUGUUUGGGUGUUUUAGUGGGGAAAAACACAAAGGUAAUGUUCUAUAUAUUUCGUACAAUCCGAUUUUGCUAAUAGAAAUGCUAAUAAAUUUGCUAAUAAAAAUGUUACAGCGAUUCAUCUUCUGUAACAUUUUUAGAGAGAGGAAUCCUUGACCUUUUUAUCCUAUAGUCUCUUCUGGUUCCUUCUGCAGGAUUUAAAUCUGGAGAAGGAGAUGACUGUAGACCAUUUCUGUAGACUCUUGCAGAUGUUUUUAAUUCAAAAUUUCUUUCUAGCUACUUAAGAAAGUUUAUAAUCCCAUGAAUAAUGUUCCCUUAGCAUUUAUUUGGAAGAAAAGCAGGCCAUCACAGCACUACAGAUCCUCCAUCGUGACAAGCAUUAAGCGCUAAAGGCUCACACAUGCAUCAUCCGAACCCAAACAGUCGGCGUGAGGUCACAUGAUUGCAGACCACCGCCAACGUUCCCCCUCUUGGAUCCUCCAUGUUGGUUUUAUGAAAUGGUCACAGAGGGAGCGCCGCGCUUUUCUACAGACGGCCUCCAUGAACAACGACGUUGCAAUAACCAUUCAGGAGUUUUGAGCCACUUGACGGUCUUAUUAUAGUAGCUAUUUAGUGAAAAACAAGUGUACAUAUUUCCUCAACGCGUCAGAUCAGUGUUCCUCAAAAGUAUUAUUGUCUCUUGCAGAUACGGAAACCGUAUAGUGGAUAAAAAGCACGAAUGCAAAACACUUCUGACCCAAUCUGCAUGAUUUUUGUUGAAGCUCACGAUGCUAACGUUUGAAACGGUGUGAUGGAAAAGAUUGCGUUUCUGACAUCACUCUAAAAAGGAGGUCGCUAUGGAGACUCAGUGACCCAAAUGUGUUAUUGGUUGCUACAGUUUUGCUGGAGUUUUAGAGGAUUAUUUUGCCUCCGUUAUCAUCCCGCUCACUGUCUAUAGUUACGUGGUAAAUAUAUGUCCUCAUCCAUAAGAAAUGGACAUCUGUGUCACGUCAUAUUUAUACCACACGUAAAUUAAACACAUCCCAGACGAUUUGACUCACACUGAGGUUACAACAAGCGACAAGUUGGAGCUGGAAGACGUCAAACAAAAGCUAAAAACAGGAGAAGUUGCACUUAAAUAACAGUGGUCUAAAAACAAAAGCAGUAACAUUUUAUUUAAAAUGAUACGGUGGGUUUACUUUGGGCUCGGACGCAAUGCCUCUGGGCUCGAGCAGGUUGAAUUUUUUAGGCGUGAUCUAAAGUCUACUCUAAGUUGAAUUACUCAAAAUAAAGGUUGGCUUUUUCACUGUGAGAUGAUGUAAAUACAUAAAUAAUAUUAAUGUGAAUCCAUUUGAAGCCUUCUUGCCCAUCUUUACCAGGUUGCAAAGAACGUCGCUGGAAUGGCUCCUUUGUAAAAAUAAGUAUAUAGUAAUACAUAAAGUGUGCAACGAGUAAAAUAUGUCAGACUCAUCCAUGACCCUUCUGUUACCAUAGAGACUGUUUUACGACCUGCGGCUGCCUUUGCAGAAUGCCUGAAUGUCUGGACGUUUCCAGAGAAUCUGGAAACUUUAGUUGCUGGAGAACAAUCAUCAGGAGUAUCAAACUCAAACCGGAACCAAAUCCUGUGUUCAUCCUGAGUCAUACGACAAACAUAUCUACAUCUUUAUCUCUUACAUUCACAACCUUACAGAUGUUUGCUUCUUCAGUUUAUUCAAUCGAAAAAUGCCAAGUUUUUUUUUUUUAUCAACCAAUUGUUCUCAGGUGUUUUUUGUCACAGAUUGUCUGGCUUCCUGUCUCUUGUAUCAUCGGGAAAGCUGCAGGUAUGAAGGCGUGUGUUGCGGCUAGCGACGCGUUUCCACGAUACACUGUGAUCCACUGACGUACAGGGCAGCCAAGAAGCUAUGCAGUACUUCCCAGUGGCUGAUGUUUAUAUUUCACACAAGAUAAUCAGCCUCAGAAAAAAAAGGACGUUGUAAAAAUCACUGUUUUGAUGAUUGAAAUGUCAUUGCAAAAAAAAAAAAAAAAAAAAAAAAAAAAAUUUUUAAUCUCACUUUUUUGUUUUUGCAGUGCGAUUUGCUGUUUUUUGGUUUGUUUUUUUUCUUAAGAGUGUGGAACAUAAAUACCCUCCCUCCACUGUGACCGUACACAGACACAGCAUCACUGUCUAAUACAGCAAGAACAGCUGACAAAAGAUUUACAACAUGCUGGCGUGUUUCAGGCUGCGACGUCGCCGCGAACUUUCACACUUACCAUAGAAAUAACGAUUUCUUAAAUAAUCUUCUAUACAUAAAGACGAAUAUGGUGAGAUAACCAUGAUUCGACUAGUAUUAUUAUCAGAUUUAAAGUGUUUGGUAUUGAACAAAUCAGCAUUAUAACCAGUAAGUACUCUUUAAAAGUAUCAAUUAAAACUUUCAGCGGGUUUCUUUUUUUUUUGUUUGCAUUCGUUUCAAGCUGGCUCUCUAAUUUCAUGCUGCCUUAAAACACAGAGGCACCAUAAAAAAGUAGUGUUUCUGUGAUUACUGAAGAAUUCACAAUUCAAGCUAAAUGUCCUUUACACAAUCUGUGAGAAAUUAAAUAAGUUCUGAAAGUAUUUUUUUGUAAUCAUAAGUAAUAUCACAUAUCUGUGUGAUUAGUUUCUAAAUAAAUAAACCAAACGCUCUUACUUUGAAUCAUUUUGCUUUGUAGGACGGGAUCAGCCCAGCUUAAGAUGACCUCUAGAAUAUUCUAGAAGUCCUAAUUCUGUAGAAGAUCUGACUUGAAUUACAGUGAGAUGAACUUCUCCAAUCAUUCCUUUAAGUGGGCUUUGUGGACGUGACAUUUAUGACUAGCUUCACUCACUGUGGGGACCGCCAAAUCCGAGUCAAUCGAUCUGAGGAUUCGGGUUUUCACUGCAUCUGAGAGGCGGCUAGCUGCCCGCUUCAGAAGCUUUUGCUGCACUUUGUCAAUUUUGCAGCAGUGCGACACAUUGCAGUUUACACGGCGCCUCUGAGUCGCGACGCCCGUACAACUGAAUUAUCCGACGUGUCCCCAAAGAAAUCCGCGGCAGCCUGGCUUUAGCCGUAGCUCACAUCGCACCUGCAACAGCAGCAGCAAAGCUAUCGAUAAUAUCCACCUUGGAUACGUAUAAAUGCCUUAGAAACGCAUGGCUGACUUGCAUCGGCAUAGCAGAGGAGGAAGAGUUCAACCUUAAACUUCAGUCUGUGUAUGGAUGUGACUGAUUUUCAUUUCUGAACCGGACCACUGUCAACAAACUCAGCUGCGUUUUCUUCAUCGUGUGCAUCAGCAUCAAUUUUUAGCCAUAACGAAAAACAAUGUUUGACUCAGUAGAAAAUGCAUAUCUUGUUUGUUAUUAUUGAAACUCUUUCUGAACGAUCUAUCAGCUCGUACCUAAUGUACCGUAUGUGUGAAUUAGACGUUUGAAUCUGUAAUAUUUUUAUUAGAGCUCAUUUCAGCGUCCUGUUUGUCAUUCCGUGUGAAUUUGAGGCCUCAAACAGACGCGACAAAAAAAAAAA